AGGCACGUGGCGGGUCUGAUCGGGCGCUUUGGCGAAUCGAGAGCGCCAAUUAAGCGAGAUGAGAUGAGCAUCUUGUGCCUGGAAUCCCUGGGGAAGGAUCGGAUGGGAUGCACUGAGGCUUGGGGUGUGCGCGCCCAACGUUCGCGGUCCGAAUUCCCCAUCUUCUCUCUUUUCUUUGCAACCCACACACCACCAACAUCACACACCAUCCGGCGCAAGCUGCAGAUCAUCGAUGACCUCACUCCUUUGAGUCGCAUAUCGGCCGCAUUUGCGGCUGGCCACAAUCAUUAUUGCUACCUUACUCUAUACCAAAGUCACUCAUUAGUUUGGAAGGGGCAUCCUGUCGGGGACCCCUCCCUUGCCACUCACUCUAACAAUGCGCAGCGCCACUCUUUCAUCGCUGUCGCAAUCGCUUCUUCUGCUGAUUGCAUCUUCGCCGAAACAUGUCGCCGCCGACGGCACCGUCUGGGCGACGCCCCACGACAGCUACUCCUCCUCAGUCGGCGUCCUCGGCUGCAAGAUCAACACCGACCGCGUCGCCUACUGGCCUGGCUCCGUAGACUGCAACAACAUCUGCAUAUCCCUCACCUAUGACGACGGCACCUCUGACGGCGAGCGCACCGUGAAGCUCCUCCGAAUCGAUCAGUCCCAGGGCGCCUACGACGUCAGCUACGAUGCUUGGAACUACCUAUACACGGGCAAGUCCGCGAAGAAGGCGCCCGUCGCGGGUGGGCCGCUGGCCAUGACAUACAAGGAGCUGCCGGCGGAUGACUGCAAGGAGCUCCUCAAGACCAAGAACAAGAAGCUGCCCCUCAGCGCGUCCAACAGCAUGAACUUCCUCGCCAGCUGCCUCGAUCAGCCGGACAGCUGGGUGGCUAAGAACUUUGGGUUGUACAACGCACUCGACUCGGUGUGUGCUUGGGGAUACGACGAGGAGUGCGAGCUGGAUUGGCCUGCUGCGAACCAGCCUACGUGCAAGCACUCGCUCGGCAUGCCGGUCGAACUCAAGAAUGCCCCUGUGUACAAUGUGCAGUAUCCUACGGGGGAGGUCGUAGUCGCGUCGACGGGCGAGAAGGUGUCGAGUCCCGGGGAUAGUACCAGCCUGGCGGCGCCUUCACCGACGCAGAAUGGGGCCCCGAGCCGCGGGAUGUUGACCUUGUUGAUGGCUGGUUCUCUAGUAUGGACUUGCCUCAUGAUAGGUUCAUGCUAACGUUGAUGAAAAGGGACAGGAAGUGCUGUUGAUAUAUACCACACGAGAUACCACGUAAUACCCCCCACGUCUUACGACAAUAAUGUCAAAUACCACCAACAUAUUCUACCUCAUCCCAUCCCCGCAUGCCACUAAGGUCAGCCGGGCUCAGGGGGAACGCGCGCGGGACCAUCCGCAGUGUUGAAGAGUGAACGUUUAGCACCGUCCGAGACAGCUGUCUCUUGGGAAAUGAACAACAUUUCUUCUGUUACUGCGGACCAUGAGCCAUGUCUCAACCCAUGGACCCUAUGGAGGUAUUUGCCUGGCUAGUUCAUUUAAUGAUCGACCGUCAGUCCCGAUUGAGGAGGAGCUGGUUGAACCUUGAUAACCUGCACAGAUCACUAUCGAAUCAAUAUUGGCGUCAUCACCAUGGCCUGAAUCAAGGUAUGAC